AUGCUCCGUCGAAAUAGUUCUAGUCGACCUAGUCGAAACAAAUCAACAUUAUCAACACAUCCAAAACACGAUUUUGUCGACCCCGAAGAGUCUCGUAUGCAUGCUCAAGCUGCAGCAAUGCAUGCUUUCAAUAGGGCCCAAGAAAGGAAUGGCACUAGUUAUGGAAACAGGAACGGACUUUCACGAAGCAACACUACAAGUCAAGAAAAUCAAUGGCGGUCGAGUCAACAAAAUAGUUCUACCAGUCUUGAUAACCCAGGGCUCAAACGGCAGCAGAGUGUUCGGUUUGCAGGCCCAAAUGCAGUAAAGAGACGCCAAUCGACAGGGAAAAGGGCGGACCCCCCAGCAUUGAACCAGAAACUAAGUACUGCUACUUUGAGACCUAUUGUGAUGACCACGAAUACUCCGGUCCCAGCAGCGUAUCGUCCACCGAGUCGAUCUUCUUCAAUUGGCAAAGCUUCACUUGGCAAAUCAGCCGUCCGAGACUACUCUGCUCAUAAUUACGUUACUAACUUAGAUUACGACGAAUACUAUACACAAGAGAAUGAUGUAGCCUCGACACCAUCUUCAUAUCGACGAAUCAGAAAGUCAAAGUCCAUGUUUAGCCCCUUAUCGGCGCCAACCAACGUCUUCUAUAGCAAUGGCAGCCCUGACCGCACCAAUUGUUCAUCCACUCCGCGGACGUUAGAGAGCAGCAAUGCUCCAUUGCGAGCUCCAAAGUCAAUGAGUUUCCUCCGAGGGGGGCGGGACUACUUCAAAUCUACAUCGUCUCGCGAAAGAAACGACGAUGCCGUCCAAAUGGCCAGGGAUAGAUUCUUUGUUCAAGCUAAUCAACAAAGACUUCGGGAGCAGCCGUCUUUUCUUUUUAGGUCGAAGGCACAGCGACAGGAAAAGCCUUUUAGAAGGUCGGUUCGAAGUAGCAGCGGAAAGUCUGCAGCGACAUAUAAUUCGGCCGAAUCUAUAAGAGAGGGUGGCCUAAGAGCCAAAGCUCGCAAGGUAUCCCAAGGAUUGAAAAGCAAACUCUGGAAAGUUUUUGGCCGCAGCAAAGAAGAGCCCAUCGCUAUCCCCAAUCAACAGGUGGACGCCAUUGAAACUCACGUCCGAGCAUACGGUGGGAAAUUAUCAUCAGAUCAUGAGUCGUUCGAUGAUAUUCCUAGACGCGAGGAGGCCGCAUUUGCUCAUGUGGCAGCUAGAGUCCCAUCAUUACGUGCUAUUGCUUCAAGUCAGAGACUUAAAUCACAAAGUGGUAGUAUUCGUAGCUUACGAAGUGAUCAUAGUGAUGAAAAGUCCAGAGUAACAAGCUGGACUAAUAGUACAGCUAACAACACUGUCACCAGUCAAGGGCUGCGUCCUCCGCCUAGCAGAGAUCAAAGGCUUUCUAUCAUCAAUGAAUCAGGUACACAUAUCUCUAAAGCAACAUUUCAUCGCCCAAAUGUAAAGAAUCAACAUCCCGCUUAUCCUGCCUUUCAUCGCCCUGGCCAUAUCCAACCAAUUCGACCAGGAGGUGUUGAUAGCGCCAGACUCUGCUCUGCUUUGAUGAAGCGUCUCGACGAGAAUAGCCCAGAAGCAAUACUCGCAAAGUCAAAGAAAGCUAGCACCGAUACUCUCGGACUUGAGAAAGUGCCUAGACGAAGUAGCUCCUUUACCAAUACUCUUCCACAGCCUAAUAAGCCAUGGAUUCGACAGGUCCCCCCUGAUUGUGACUCAAGCAAUCAGAGCCAAAAUCAGCAUCCUGAACUAUACCAUUCGAACAACGUUGAUCUAAUACCCACCACGAGCGGCGAAGAAUUAUUUGGUCAGGCAAUUGGCUCCGAGCAUCAAUUUAACUCUGCAGAUUUACCAUUAUGUAAUACACAACCUCAAAAUCAAGACGAUGUGUUUUCCUCACACCCAGGAUCUAGUCAAGGCAACUCCUUCCACCAAGUCAAUUCAUUUCAUCAAGACAACUCAUUUCAUCAACGUGUUCACCAGCGUAAUUCAAAGUCUGCACACAGACGCCACUUAUCCGAUAUUGAUGCCGCAUAUGACCCUGUGCAAGACCCUUCAGGGCUCACUCCGCAGCAAGUCGCACAGCGGGAUGAUCCUAUAGUUCCCAAACCAAAAGUCAUCCGCGAGGCAAGGUCUGCAUUCUUUGGAGGUACGACAUUUGCAAUUGACAGAGCGGGAAACACAAGUCCCUAUCGUCGCGCUUUGGCGGCAAGCGACAAUUCUGCCGUUUACAACGAAGUUAGCAUGGCACCCGUAAAUGAUGACGUUUAUAGCGAGAGUGUUUACUCUCGAAGUAUUGGCCGUAAUCUUUCGGAGGCUAUGAGUAGUGAUACGUCGGUGCCACUCGCAAAUGUACGAAUGCCGUCAUUACCUGUCGAUAGCUCAACCCCCAACGGUGGCGGCGGUGGUGGUGGUGGUGCUGUAAUUAUCAACAGCACAACCUAUCGUCCAACUCAUCAGAGACAAAGAGGUGAAAAUUCUGGCGGUUCGAUUGAAUGGCAAAAAUGGAUGUCUUCUGAAGUGGAAAAGUUGGAAAGACCAUCUGGAAAUGAUCGAGUGAGCGUCAGUAACAUCGAACGAUCACUAUCACCCACGCCUAUGAUGUCGAACUCCUUUCACAUUGCGCACAGAAGAGAAAAAGCUCAGAUGGCUGAUGAUGAUACGGAUAUCGCUCAGAAGAAACUUCCUGUUGGUAAACAACCGCUCGGUCUCAUUCAUCAGAAUCUUAAAGCCCAAGUUCUUUUGAAACCGAUUCUGAAAAAACGCUCAACGACAUCUUUGGCUGAAAAUGCUCUCAUUGACAGCACAAAACCACGCGACAUUCCUCCUGCACCACCACUUCCACCUCCACUUCCUCUUAGAUCGACACUAAGACCAACACAAAGCAAGACAAGUCUGAAAAGUACCUCGAACUCUCAACAGGCACCAGCAACCCCAAAUUCCGUCAGUCACCCCCAGAAUCCAAAUCCGAAGGCUCGCAACGUCUUGCACAAACGGCUCUCGUCUGCAACUCUCAGAAGCGCACCAACAACACCUAAUCAUGGUGUAGAAAAACAAAACCCCAGUACGCGCAAUGUACUACAUAAAAGAAAUGUCUCGGAUGCGACAAUGAAAAGUUGUAAGAGUAUUAGAAGCGUCAAGAGUUUCGAUACGAGUGCAAGUCAAAAUUGUAGCUUUACAACUAGUCCGGCGAAAUUGGUUAAGAGGAGUGGGAGACCGGUGUAUGAUUUUACGCCGCAGAGUAGUCCGGGGACGGGCAUUGGGGCCGCGGUGGAGAGACAAUUUGGGAGUGCGAAUGCGAAGCAGAAUGGAAGUUUACGUGGAACGGGAAGAUCGAGGGUGAGAGCUGGGGGGAGGGAAAAUGAGAGGGUGGGUGGUGGAGGGGGAGUAGAUGAGGUUUAUGGGGUGGAGGGAAGUGGAGUGGUGGGUUCGAAUGGGUUGGGGGUGGUGCAACAGCAGGUGGGUAGUAAACAGAUGGUGGAUAGGUUUUUGAGUAGUAGACGGAAGAGAAUUGCUAGUGUGGGGACGAUUGCGGGAGGGAGUAUGGGGGAGGAUGGGGGUGGGGGAAAUGGUGGGAUGGGUGAUGGGGCGGUGUUUCUUUAG